AUGGGAAAUAACAGCAUUAAUCGAGUUGAUGAUGACGAUGAGGUUGGGCCUCUCAUUAAAGUGAACUCUGCUUUAUUUCGUCCUCUUAAAUUUCAAGGCAAUCCCCUGACAUGUGACAAAAGUGGCAUCAUAAUUGCCACAUGGGUCUGUGCAUUAUCGAAGCGUAGCAUGAUUUUACAACCGGAUAUACCACCAUACAAUGAAAUAGUGGCACCACCCGGUGCCCUGGGUGCUGCUGCUGCCCAAGCGUCAUCAACCGGUGCCUUAAUGGUUCAUCAAUCGUCAUCAUCGUCCUCAUCGGCGUUGUUGUCCUCCUCGUCGUCACAUGGCCAUCAACAGUCCCAGCCACAGUCACAACCACAAACUCAACAACAACAACAACAUCUAUCGGCAUUGGCCUCAACGAAAAGCAUUCAACAGAAUAAUAUAAUUAUUGCCAAUCCUGGUCUGAGUUACGAUGAUGUCCUCAACGAGGAUUUUCAAUUCGACAUGGACGGCCAUGAUGUGAUGGUAUUUUUGCAUAUCCAGAAAACGGGUGGAACUUCAUUUGGUCGGCAUUUGGUGCAUGAUUUGGAUUUAAAGCGUCCCUGCGAAUGCCAGCGACAACGCAAACGUUGCUAUUGUUUCCGUCCACAUCGUAAUGAAAAUUGGUUAUUUUCACGCUACUCCACGGGUUGGAGAUGUGGUCUACAUGCCGAUUGGACAGAGCUAACCAGCUGCGUAGAUCAAGUGUUGGAUAAAAAUGAAGGUGAAUCGGCAAAACGAAGAUAUUUCUAUAUCUCACUGAUACGAGAACCUUUGGCGCGUUAUAUGUCCGAAUAUCGCCACGUUAAACGUGGUGCAACAUGGAAAAAUUCACGCCAUUGGUGUCUGGGUAGACAAGCGACGCAAAAGGAACUGCCACCCUGUUAUAAGGGUGAUGAUUGGUUAGAUGUAACCAUUGAUGAUUUUGCCGGUUGUGAAUCGAAUCUGGCCACAAAUCGUCAGACACGAAUGUUGGCCGAUUUAGCACUGGUUGGAUGUUAUAAUAAAUCGGCAAUGCCGGCCCAUGAACGGGAUCGGGUAAUGUUGGCCAGUGCCAAGAGGAAUUUGGCAUCGAUGGCCUAUUUUGGUUUGACGGAGUAUCAAAAGAUCUCCCAGUACAUCUUCGAAGAGACUUUCAAUUUACGCUUUGCCAUUCCAUUCGAACAGCACAAUAACACUUUGUCCGUUUCGGCCAUACACAAUCUGAGACCGGAUCAAAGAAGAAAAAUAGAAGAAUUAAAUAGUUUAGAUAUAGAAUUAUAUGCUUUUGCCAAAAAUUUAUUAUUCGAAAGAUUCGAACACUUGAAAGCACGAGACAACGAUUUUGAAAAACGAUUUGCCAAUUUGGGUAAUAUAUACUACAAGCAGGGUGUUACCGAAUUCAAUUGGGACAGUAACAUAGACGAGACUGUAAGUACAGAGCACUGAAGGUGAUUGAUUGAAUGAUAGACGUUAAGGAUCAUCAAAACGAAAAAAAUAGUCCCCGCCCAAGAAAAACUCUACACUAUGUAAGGAUCACAUGAAAGGAGUUCGUUAUUAACGUAUCAGCAUUAUGCAAUUCCCUCCCUCAAUCCCAUUUCGUCUCAUUUGACUGCUCCCACAGAGAUGGAUACACCCAGAGAACUACAUAACAUAACCGGGAAAACUGACUAAAACAAAAAUAACCAUUAACAAAACGUUUGUUGCAAAACCAAAAAUUAUUAUAAAUAAUUAUAAAAAAAGAAAUAGUGAAAAAAAUUAAAAUAUUGUAGAAUUAAGUAGUAUUCCAAUACACAGCGACACAUUUACACAAACACACAGACAAAAGUAAUUCAUUAGCAAUUGCAUUUAUUGAGUCAGAGUCUGUUUCUCUAUGUCGAUACCUAUCUGAAUUUUUUUUUUUAAUUAGAUCAAAAAUUUUAAAUUCAUAUUUGGAAUUCUAUUUUUCGGUUCGCUUUUCCUUUCAUAUCGGCAUAGGGAAACAGGUCUUUGGUUUUUUAUUAGAAACAGAAAAAAUACAAAUCCAACUAUGAAUCUGACCUGCUAGACAGACCCAUAAUUUGUAAGUCCAUUUUUUAUAUAAAAAAUAUAAGCCCAACAAAAAUAUGCAUUUGAAAUUGAUACACGUAAAAUAAAAAAUAAAAAAAUACCCCAAGGGAAGGAGGACUGCUGAAAAAGACAAUUUUGAUUGGACAAAUAAAGAAAUGUUAAUACCUUAAUAUUUAGUAAAAAGUUUCAAAUCUUUGGCCAUUGUACGGCCAACCCUCCACCAUUCUAUGGAGGGUAUAUUAACUUUGUCAUUCCGUUUGUAACUCUGGAUCAGCGUAAAAUUCUAAGACGAUCUAGCGAUGUCCAUCCUAAUGGGUACUACAACCUAUGGCAAAAAAUUGCGUAUGCAGGUUUACAUCUUUGAAUAGCCUCCAUAUUACAGUACCUCCCGAUAUUCGGUAUUUUCAUUUACGAGAAUUGUAUUUGAAGAUCCUAAUGGUAUUUGGUAUUUGAAGAUCCUAAUGGGUACUACAACAAAAAAUUUCGUAUGCAGGUCCAAGUCUUCGUAUAGCCCCCAUAUAACAGUACCUCCCGAUAUUCGGUAUUCUGAUGAUUUUAACGACAUUAUUUACGGGAAUUGUUUCAAAUUUGGUAUUUGAACAUCCGAAUGGGUACUACAACCUAUGGUAAAAAAUUUCGUAUGCAGGUCCAAGUCUUCGUAUAGCCCCCAUAUUACGGUACCUCCCGAUAUUCGGUAUUUUGAUGAUUUCAGCAACAUUAUUCCCCGGAAUAGUUUCAAAUGUCAUACUGGAAGAUCCUAAUGGAUACAACAACCUAUGGCAAAAAAUAGCGUAUGCAGGUCUACGUCUUCCUAUAGCCCCCAUAUAACGGUAUCUUCCGAUAUUCGGUAUUUUCAUGAUUUUAGCGACAUUAUUCGCCGGAGUAGUUUCAAAUUACGUAUUUAGAGUUCGUAAUGGGUGCUACAACCUAUGACAAAUAUUUGUGUAUGCAGGUCCAAGUCUUCGUAUAGGCCCCUAUAACUGUACCUUCCCAUAUUCGGUAUUUUGAUGAUUUUAACGUCAUUAUUUACCGUAAUAGUUUAAAAUUUCGUACCGGAAGAUCCUAAUGGGUACUACAGCCUAUGACAAAAAUUUUUGUAUGCAGGUCCAAGUCUUCGUAUAGCCCCCAUAUAACGGUACCUCCCUAUAUUCGGAAUUUUUAUGAUUUUCGCCAGAGUUUUCCACUGAUUUGUCUAAAAAUUGGUAUAUAUAGGUCAUAAAAAAUAUGGCUAAAAAUUUCGCAAGCAGGACCACGUCUUCGUAUAGCCUCCAUAUAAAAGUUUUCAUUUAAGUGGUAGUUUCCGGAAGUUUUUUGAAAUUCUUCAAGUUCCUUCAAAAUGGUGGAGGGCAUUAAAAAUUCGGCCCGGCCGAACCUACCUGCUUUUUUACUUGUUAGAUAUUUUUUUUAUUGAGGAAUAAAAAUAUUUCGAAUAUAUCAGAUAUAAAAUUAGAAAGAUGAAACAUAUGUCUAUUUUUGAAUGUCUUUUUCCAGACCCUCCUCUACUUUGAUGGACUUCAAAGGAAGUUUGCUCUUUCCUUGAUUAAUUCUGCCUUUGAUAAUCUAUUAGUAAACAGUCCAUUAACUGAUCCAUUUUAAUAACGUGUCUUUCAGCACUUCCCUUGCUUUUUAACAAUUCUUUAAAUUUCUUUCUUAUGGUCUUACUUUCCAAGGGGUAUUUUUUCAAUACAUCUGCACACACACACAACACCAUACCAAUUUUUUGACACCAUACGGAAUUUAGAUUUAUAAAAUAACAUACACACCAGUUGACGACGAGUAUAUACAACAAUACAUUAUUAUAUAAGAAUUAAUUAUAAACGAUGAUAUAGCUUUUAAGCUUUAGCUUUUAGAAACCAAAAUUUGUUUUAAGAAAACGAACAAUUUACUCGAUAAGUUAUGAAAUGUAUUUUUUUUCAAAUAGUUUGUUUAUUAUUUUAAGUGAUAAUUGUACAUACAGUCAUAAUGUUAUAACAAAUAAUUUUUUUUCUUUAUUAUUUUUAAACAAUAGUUUGAAUUCCAUUAAAGUAUUUAUACAUAUAUAUUUUUCUUCGAAUGAGGAUCAGAGCUUUGAUGAUGUUCUUAUAAUAAUAUUUGAAAUAUCUUGGUAUUUUUUCCAAUGUUUAAAAUGGUCUUAAGUAAUUUGAAAAAUGUAACCAAAUUUAUAAUGGAUGGGAGGAAAGCCUAAGUUGUUGUCUGUCCAACAAAAAAAAUUGAAUGUCUUCAUUCAUUCAAAGAUUAACAAUAACAUUUGGUGAGGAAGAAACUGUUUUCACUUUUCGAAAGCACACCUAAUUUAAGUAUGUCUUGAAGCGUCCUCAUGGCAAAUUUAAUGUUGAAUCUAGGAGGCAUUACCUCAUAUUCUCCCAAGUGCACUGUGCAAAAAAAAAACAAAUUGCAGGGAAAAUUCAACAGUAUAUGAAAAUAGAGCGAAAAAUAAAAUCCACAUGUAACCAGAAAUAAAGAAGGCAGAUUCUCCCCUCUUGUACACUUUUGGAAAUCAAAGUAAAAUUUUUAAAGGAUAAUGCCAAAGACAAAAUUAAAUAUAAAUUCAUUCAUUCAUCAAAGAAAAUAAACCUCUAAAUAAAUUAUCCAGGGUGAGAUAAAAAAAAUGCAACAAAGUCAAACGACAUGCUGGCCGAAUUUGCUCUGCGGUAUUUUGGGCCAUUCCCGGCAAAGCGCUUGCUUAAAUUGAUCGACACUUUGAUACUUUUUAGUGUCAACCUUGCUUUCAGAAUAGGUUUAGAUUUGUUCGAAUUGGUCACCUUUGACACGAAUUAUGGCCUUCAAACGGCCUAUGAAACCGACACACGCUGCCCGAAUGUUGCUCUGCGGUAUUUUGGCCCAUUCCCGGCAAAGCGCUUGCUUGAGGUGGUCGAUACUUUGGUAUUUUUUUGUGAAAACCUUGCUUUCCAAAAUACUCCAGACACAAUAGUCCAAUGGAUUGUUAUCCGGAGAUUUUGUUGGCCAUUGUGCGCUGGAAAUGAAGCGAGGAGCCUGAUUUUGUAAUCAUUCUUAUGUGGCGCGUGCUGAGUGCGAAGGUGUUGAGUCCUGUUGGAAUGUCCAAGGUCUCCGGUCAAAAUGUUUGCGUAUCCAAGGCUUUAAUACACCCUCCAGAAUAUUUUCGCUAUAAUAAUCGGCAUUUAUUCUGAUGCCACGGUCGAUUAAUAGGAGCGUAGGGCAAUCAUCGGCUGUUAUGGCGGCCCACACCACACCAUGGCCCACGCUUGAGUUCUGGUUGCCAACUGAAGGUGCACAUUUUCAGCCGACCUCUUUGGCAAGUAAAAACACGAUCAUUUUGUUUGUUUGCAAACUGCUGGAUAACGAAUGUUUUCUCAUCGGAGAAACCCAAAUUCGGCACUUCACCACUUUCGGCCAAGCGAAGCAACUCUUUAGCUCUUUUGAGUCUAUUUUCUUUCUGUGGCGGUGUAAGUUCUUGCACUUUUCGGAAUUUUUGAAUGGCCUUACCCCGAGCUCAUUUUUCAAUAUUUGCCGAAUGGAAUAUUGUGAUAUGUUCAGCUCACGAACCAUUUUCGGCCAUUGCGACGGGGGUUUCAAUCAAGUCGCUUCUUUAUUUUUCGAACCAUUUCUGCUGAUGUUGCCGUUUUCUUCCGUUUACUUCCUUGACGUCGGGUUACGCAACCAGUAUCACUGUAACGAGCGAUGGUACGAGACACCAAAGAUUUAUUCACAUUUUUUUUGGUUUUCCAGCCAAAUUUAAAGAAAUCACACUAUCACGCUUGAAUUCCUUCACGAAUAACUUUUGGAAAAUUCUCACCAAAAUGCUUUUGUACGCUUGUAAACAAUAUAAUGACCUGUCACUGGAAUAAUUUUAAUAGCUGUCGAACGAGUGGUUUAGAAAUGACAACAGUCUGAAGUUGGUUGCAGUUUUUUCAUACUCACCCGGUAUUUAUAAGGUAAAGUAU